AUGAGCACUCCAUCAUCUUCUUCACGUCGUCUUCGUGGAACCACAUCACACUAUUCAUGUUCAUGCAUCCUUAUCUUUUUGAUAUGUGUGUGUUUUUAUAUCCAUCUUGAUCAACAACAAGAUGCAUCAAACUCAUUCGUCUCUGCCUUCUCAACAACCACUCGUGUCCAACUCUUGUCCUCUAAAGGUGGUCGUGGUGGAGCUGUUUUCAAGAACAUUCUUGUUAGGGGUCUCAACCACAUUGAUCACAAGGUUCAUGUUCAGAAAGGCCAUAACGAUCCAUUCACAUCAUCCACCAUCCAUAAGAUUACAACUGGUCGUCGUCACUUGACCGUAUCUUCAAGUUCCAAAACUACAACUUCCACCAUUCCAACAACGGAUGACACUAUCAAAACCGUUCACGAAACUCGAAUUAUGGGUGGUCGAGUAGUUUCGGAUGAACAUGAUUAUCCUCAUAUGGCAUCUCUCCAACUUGUGGUCAAUGAAAAAAGUUAUCAUUUAUGUGGAGCUUCAUUGAUAGAUAAGAGAUGGUUGGUGUCAGCUUCUCAUUGCUUCUUUGAUGAGAGUGGAUCCUUCUUGGAUCCAGAAAAUUUGUCCAUCGUCAUUGGGAAUUCCAAUUUGUCAAAAUGUCCGAGUGCGAAAGUGGCAAAUUCCAGACGACCUCGUUAUGGAUGUGUCCGUAGGGCAGUGAAACGAUUCAUUACUCAUCCAUUGUAUGAUUCCAAAGUUGUGGUGAAUGACAUUGCAUUAAUUGAGUUGGCAGAAGAUAUUGAAUUCUCAACCAGUAUUCGACCUAUUCAAAUUCCAAAUAAUGUUCCACAAGAAGGAACUGAGUUGACAUUGGUCGGUUGGGGACAGGUUCCUAAUGACACCACCAAGAGAGUGCUAUUGGAGCAAGUUUCUUUUCCAUUGAUGAGUGAAGAUGCUUGUACAGGAAUUGGAUUGAGAAUGAGUACAAGAAAAGGACAAGUGUGUGCAGGAAGUGAUACUGGUGAUGCAUGCAGUGGUGACAGUGGAAGUCCUUUAUUGCAAUCAUUGGGUUCAUGUUCAUCAACUUCUAAUUUUUAUUGUUAUUCCAUUGUUGGCCUCGUUUCUUAUGGCAUUUCAUGCUCAAACACACGAGUUCCAAAUCGAGUGGGUGUUUACACUUCAGUUCCAUACUUUAAGGAUUGGAUUCUUCAAAAUGCAAAAGUGGAGCAAUACAACAAUGAAGAGGAUCUCGAAAACUUGAGAAAGAACAAUGACACUAGCAAUGCAAUCACUGUCCAUGUAAAUAAGUCAAGUUGGAUCACUGCUUUGAUGUUGAGUGUGUCCAUUUCCUUACUCUGUAAUAUGUUUGUUUGGCCAAUCUUGGUUGGAUUGUAG